AGAAUCAGAGAGAGAGAGAGAGAGAGAGAGCCGGUGUGUGCUCUGGAGCUUGCUUGAUUGUUAAUUCCUCGGCUCCAAGGGCAGACCAGCUGACCAGCAGAGGCAAAGAUUUCUCUCGCCCAGCACUGCAAUCUUCACACUCCAAGGUAGAGAGCUCGCUCGCGCGCUAAAUAAAGAAGCACUCGCAGCAUGUCGUACCCCUGCCUUCGCCGCGCGGCCGUGCCGGUAAAGCGGGUUUGGCUCGGCCUCCGCGGGCGCCUCGGCCUCCGUCGAUCCACCGGUCUUGGAGAGCUGCGCAGGGAGGUCCGAACGUGCGAGUACGACGACGUGCACGUCAUGUGGGAGCUGCUCAGCGGCAUGGACGGCAGCGCGCCGCGGAAGUACGUACACGUUGCCGCCACCGCCGCCAUGGUUGAGGCCGCUGCCAGGAAGAAGCUAAGGGGGAGGAGGCGGACGAGGAGGGCCGAUGCCGAAUCCGCCGCGUGGAGCCGCCUCUUCUCCUCCUGCUGCGCCUUCUGAUCUCUCAAAAUAAAAGGGAUCCGAGCCGCCGUGCCGCCUCGCCUGAUGCCCGGGUUUGGAAAGGAUGUUUUCGAGAUCGAUGAAUCCUCUCUCUUCGCUCUUGACCGCGUGCAGCUAUGAUAUGAUGAAGCAGCAACCGUGGGAAGACGGAGGGACAAGUGAUGAGCCAGAGCCAGUGUCGAUUUGCGUAUACGUAUGUGUUCGGAGUUGUAAAUACAGGCGGCUCUGCAUCCAUCUUGAUGUAGUAGCUAGUAAACCGGUCCAUGUAAAAUCAUCAUCACCACCACCCAGGGACAGUUUUGUUCGUGUGCUACAUGCUAGCAAUUUGGUUGUCCAUUUGAAUGUUCAAUUGGUGUUGUAAAAAACAAAAACAAAAAUCUAUUCUGAAUCGCUUAGUUGGGGCCUUGGGGGUACCAUCGUAAGGAGUUGACAAUUACCAUCCGAUAAUGUAUUUUGGAUAUGUAGCGA